AUUAAGCCAGCAAUUUCAGUUCAGUCCGGGCACAAAAAAUUCAGGUCCAAUAUUUUGGCCGAAUAUUUGCAAAAGGUCUGAAAGAGCUCAUGGGCUUGUUAUAUCCAGGAAAAAAUGGACCACAGAACGAGCACAAGCAUAGAAUGAAAUAGGCCUGGAUCCGGACCAGCCAUAAAAUUUGGCCUCAUUUUCGGCCAAGGCCCGGAAGCUACAGACCUCGGGCUUCUCACUAAUAGACCUGGAUCUUCUUGUCUAGUCCAGAAAUCCCGAAUUUUGAGUAUAUCUUAAUAUGUAAGACAAAUUAAAACAAAAAUAGUACAAGUUAUUUGGAGAGGAAGCUCCAAGCUCGGCCCAUCAUCAACUAUAUAUUCUGAAUACUUAUUCGAUUAGUCCAUAGUUUUUGGUUGAAGCAAUUGAUAUGCCUGGCUGGAAUCCGACCCGAUUUGCUACUUGCUGGGCUAGUAGAAAAGCAGCCCAAGCAAAGUAAAUAUGAAAAUGGGUUUUCUAGGCCCAUUUCCUUAAUAGGACGGACCAGGACCAUCACCAAUUUGCCUAAACAAUAGUUCUUUUAAAUCUGGAGCUUGGUGAACGUGCACUCCAAGUGAGAGCCGGGCGAAGGCUAAGAAUAUGCUGGUCUAUGGCAUUGGCUUACCCCUGUCCUCAAGCAAAACCCCUUCCCAUCACCUCUGCCCUCUUAACCCCAGCCCUCCUUAUCAUCCUUUUCCUACUCUGCCACCCCUCCGAUUUCAUCUCUUCUCUCUCUUUCUUGGCCGGCCCAUUCCAUCCUCCAAGACAGAACAAUAAGAGCCAUAGCAAUAAUAUAAAAAUAUGCGAAGAAGAAAUCUGGCAUUCGCCUCCGCUGCGACUCAACUGCUCCUCCUCUAUAGCGUUUGCUGCCUGCUUGUCUUUCUCAUUCUCGGCCCUCUGAGAGUAGAAGCAUUUACUGGAACUUAUGGGAUUAACUAUGGCAGGAUAGCCAACAACAUUCCUUCUCCAGAAAGUGUGGUCACACUUCUGAGAGCAGCAAAAAUAAAGAAUGUCAAAAUCUUUGAUGCUGAUCACAGUGUUCUUAAUGCAUUCAAAGGUUCUGGUCUUGAGCUGGUUGUGUCCAUUGGUAACGAGUAUCUGAAAGACAUGAGUGUAAAUGAGGAGAGGGCGAUGGACUGGCUUAAGGAAAAUGUGCAGCCGUUUCUCCCAGGGACACGUAUACGUGGGAUUGCAGUGGGGAAUGAAGUGUUGGGAGGGCAAGAUCAGGAUUUGGCAGAAGCUUUGUUAGGAGCUAUUGAAAAUGUAUAUAAUGCUCUCAAGAGACUCCAAUUAACAAAUAUUAUUGAGGUGUCAACACCUCAUUCUGAGGGUGUUUUUGCCAAUUCAUUCCCUCCAUCAUCAUGUACUUUUAAGGAAGAUGUACUCGUCUAUAUGAAGCCGAUCCUGGAUUUCUUUUCACAUACCGGUGCCCAUUUCUAUAUCAAUGCGUAUCCAUUUUUAGCUUAUAAAAGUGAUCCGGAGCAUAUUGAUAUUAAUUAUGCACUUUUCCAACCGAACUCUGGAGUUUACGAUGAAAAGACCAAUUUGCAUUACGACAACAUGUUUGAUGCUCAGAUUGAUGCAGCUUAUGCUGCUCUUGAAGCUGCUGGCUAUGAGAAGAUGGAGGUUCGGGUUUCUGAGACAGGUUGGGCUUCUGAUGGGGAUGAAGAUGAAGCUGGAGCUACGGUUCAAAAUGCUAGGACUUAUAAUUACAACCUGCGUAAGCGGCUUCUCAAAAAGAAAGGGACUCCACUCAGGCCAAAGAUAGUGGUCCAGGCAUAUAUCUUUGCUUUGUUUAAUGAAAAUUUAAAACCUGGGCCAACAUCUGAGAGGCACUAUGGACUGUUCAAGGCUGAUGGGAGCAUUGCUUAUGACAUUGGUUUCACUGGUUUGAAGCCCUCAGCUGCAUCUGCCUCUCUUUUCUCUCUAAGGGACAUGCAAGCUCAUGGAUGGGUUCCUCCCUACUUGAUAACUUUUGCCUCUUGUAUUGUGGUUCUUCUUCUAGCUUUGGCGGCAUAGAAUUCUUUCUGCUGUAAGGCGCAAAACUGUCACGGGUUUGGCCAAAUAAUGUACUAUCAAGCUCUCAUUUUAUUAUCUGUACAUCAGCCAUUUAUAGGAAGGAAAUAAUAAACUUGAUUGAUUC